GUUGCCAAGUGGCUGGUAGUAUCUGUCAGCUGUUUGCACACUGUUUACCCAUAGGGGAUCUAUUACAAGUGCUCAAAUGAACCGGCAGCUUGGAAACUAGCAGCUUCCUGGGAGCUGCAAUUACAUAAGCAUAUAUUUUUAAUAUAAUAAUAAUUAAAAACCAAGUAGCCGCGGUAUGCCUGGAUCAGCUACAGCUAUCCGACAAGAGAGACUGAAGAAGACCAGUGCAAGGCCAAUUCCCCUUGGUUUAUUCACCAUUAAUGAGGAAGAUGAACAGCAAAAGAAUGGAAAUUCCAGAAGACCUAAAGCACCUGACAGCUACAAAGUGCAUGAUAAGAAAACCGCCUCCAACCGGCCCUCUGCUAUUUCAGGACAAAAUAGCAACUACUCAGGAAAUAAACCAGACCCUCCUCCCGUGCUGCGGGUUGACGACCGGCAGCGGCUGGCCCGGGAACGGCGCGAGGAGCGGGAGAAGCAGCUAGCUGCGAGAGAAAUCAUCUGGUUAGAAAGGGAAGAGCGAGCCCGGCAGCACUAUGAAAAGCACCUGGAAGAGCGGAAGAAGAAGCUGGAAGAGCAGAGGCUGAAGGAGGAGCGGAGGAGGGCUGCUGUGGAGGAAAAGCGCAGGCAGAGACUGGAGGAAGACAAAGAACGCCAUGAAGCUGUUGUACGGCGUACAAUGGAAAGGAGCCAGAAGCCAAGACAGAAGCAUAACCGCUGGUCAUGGGGAGGCUCUCUCCAUGGGAGCCCCAGCAUCCACAGUGCAGAUCCAGACAGGCGGUCAGUUUCCACCAUGAAUCUUUCGAAACAUGUCGAUCCCGUCAUUAGCAAGCGGCUCUCCUCUUCAUCUGCAACUUUACUAAAUUCUCCAGAUAGAGCUCGCCGCCUGCAGCUCAGCCCAUGGGAGAGCAGCGUUGUUAACAGACUGCUGACGCCCACACAUGCGUUCCUGGCCAGAAGCAAAAGCGCGGCUGCCUUGUCUGGAGACCCAGCAUCUUGCAGCCCCAUCAACAUCAUGCCCUACAAAGCUGCACACUCUAGAAAUCUGACGGAUCGACCCAAAUUCUUGGUAACACCGCCAGAGGGCUCUGCGCGAAGGAGGACUGUUCAUGGCACAGUGGGCUAUAAAAGAGACAGAGAGAGAGAAAACCUCCCAUUCCAACCCACGUGUGGCAUUCGGAGGGCUCUGUCUCCAUCUCAUCCCAAAGUAAGAUCACCAGGGCCCUCCCGACUUUGGCUUCCAUCCAAGUCCUUUCCUCAUCUGCCUGGCACACCCAGACCAGCCUCCUCCUUGCCUCCCGGAUCAGUCAAAGCUACCCCUGCCCAGGUCCGGCCCCCAUCCCCUGGCAACAUCCGCCCUGUCAAGAGAGAAGUCAGAGUGGAAUCUGAGAGAAAAGAACCCGAGAAGGAACCCCAGAAAGUUGCCAGUGAGCCAUCACUUAAGGGCAGAGCACCUUUAGUGAAGGUGGAAGAAGCCACAGUUGAAGAGGGGACACCUGUCGAACCAGAGGCUGCUCCUGUUGGUUUUCUCGUUGUACCUGUUUGUACAGCUGCUUCAGCCCCAGCCGUGGCCCCCUCGGCCCCCGCUCCAGCGCCGGUCCCAGCCCCAGCCUCAGCCCCAGCCUCGCCAUCCACUGUGACUGCUUGCGCUUCUCCCAAGACCUCUGCGGGCACCACCGACCCGGAAGAGGCCACGAGGCUGCUAGCUGAGAAGAGGCGGCUGGCCCGGGAGCAGAGAGAGAAGGAGGAAAGGGAGAAGAGGGAGAGGGAAGAGCUGGAAAGACAAAAGAAAGAGGAGCUGGCGCAGAAGGUGGCGGAGGAGCGGGCGCGGCGCGAGGAGGAGGCCCGCCGGCUGGAGGCCGAGCAGGCCCGGCAGCGGGAAGAGCAGCUGCGCCGGCAAGCGGAGGAGGAGCGGGAGCGGCGCGAGCGCGAGGGCGAGGAGCGCGCGCAGAAGCAGAAGGAAGAAGAAGCUCGCGUUCGGGAGGAAGCAGAGAGGGUCCGGCAGGAGCGGGAGAAGCACUUCCAGAGAGAAGAGCAGGAGCGCCUGGAAAGAAAGAAGCGACUUGAGGAGAUUAUGAAAAGAACAAGACGAACAGAACCUACAGAUAAGAAAACUGUUGAUCAGAGAAACGGAGAUAUAACCAAGGGAGCUCUCACUGGAGAAACAGUGGUAUCUGCCCUUCCGUGUCUGACAGACUCUUCAGGAAAUGGAGAACCAGUGGCCAGCCCACAUGCCGUUACCUCACACCAAUCAAAAGUGACUGUGGAGAGUACUCCCAAUUUGGAAAAACAACCAAGUGAAAAUGGAGUAUCUAUUCAGAAUGAAAAUUUUGAGGAAAUUAUAAACUUACCCGUUGGAUCUAAAUCAUCCAGAUUAGAUGUCACCAACAGUGAGAGCCCAGAAAUUCCUUUGAAUCCAAUUUUGGCCUUUGAUGAUGAAGGGACACUUGGGCCCCUGCCUCAGGUAGAUGGUGUUCAAACACAACAGACAGCAGAAGUUAUAUGAGCAUUUCUUCUGAAGAACCAAAGCAGAAAUUUAAUAAGAAUUUCUACAAUUAAUGGAAUUCCUUCCAUGCUAUAAAGGAGCAUCCCCAUCUUCCAGUUUUCUAAAGAUUUCUUGACCAUCCUUUUGAAAAGACUUUAUUAAAGCCAGCUAAAGACAACAGACUGGAUAGCUUUUCUAAUAAUUUUCGCCAAUAGAGAAAAAGAAAUUUUCCUUAUCCUUCAAUACUUUACAAAGGCUUUUUCCAGUGUGCUCCUUCUUAGCAAAUCAAUAUUUUUCUGCAUUCUCUAAAAGACAAGAACAUUUGGCUAUUUUAAAAAAUGGGCUGACUAGGCAUGAUUUUUCACAUAAAUAUUUUGGUCUUUAAAAGCUAAUGUAAUAUUGGCACAAAAAAUUUUACCUUUUACAGUAUAAUACUUGAAAAAUAAGUACCUCUUUGCUCUACAAGUAGAGUGAAUAGGAGAGGUGUUUAAAUUAAGCCUGUUUGUUAAAUAUUACUGCAAAGAGUUCUAUUUGUAGAAGCAACUAUAGGCAGAUUACCAGGUUCUUGUAAAUGCAGUUUGUACAUGGACUUUCUGCAGACCCAGCUGUCAUAUUCUUGCAUCUCCUUUUGCAAAAGUGUACUAAACAGUUUUAAAAUGUGAAAAAAAAAUUAUUUUUUCAGAGCAAGAAAAUAUACUGUCCUCUUAAAUAAUGUAUUUAUAAAGUUUUUUCCAGGUGAACUAAUCAAAUAAAUUAGAACAACGUGACACCAUUGCAAACUUUGAUUUAUCAGAUGCAUUCCUUAUGUUACCAGGAGGGAGAAUGUUAGCGAUGAUUCAGGGCUAUUUCUGAUGUCUGUAUAUUGCUGCUGUUCCCAGUGAUGAUGGGACUUACCUUUGCCUUACCUGAUCACAAAUUAUGGGGGGUGGGGGGGCGGGGGGAGAUAGAGAUUUAAUAUUUCUUUAAAUAAAAAAAGAAUUUGGUUUUGCUCGUUUAAGAGCAAUGAAAACAUGAUGGAGUGUUGACUGUGUCUGGCCCACACAGAGCACUGUACAGGAUACCUUCACAAAUGUCCUCAUUCUCUGUGGGACCCGUCAGCUUUGACUUGUCACUCUUCCUCACUUCUGCUGCUGAGCUUAGCUGUACAAAUCUGUAUUUUCAUUUUCUAAUGUAAAUUCAAUUUUAUUUUGCCAUUUUUAGAAACCAACAACAAAAUAUUGAAGGAGAGGGGACUCUGAGGGAACAUUUUUUUUUUUUUAAUGGCGCGUUUAAAAAGGUAAACUUCCGGCACUAUAAUAUGUUGGCUUUCUUAAGAGAGGGAUUGGUUAUAUGGAAUGAGAAACUAUUCAUUUAUUGGAUGAUAUUCUUAAAAUCCAAGCUAUAGUAACAGCUGUAAUUUGUGAAAACAUUAAUUUGGGGGGUUUCCCUAUUCUCAGUUGUCCAUGUACACAUAGUCAUAUUAAAAAAAAAAAAUCUGUUCAACAAAGUUGUUUUAUUUGUUUAAGUUGACCUAGCAUGAAACACCAAAUAAAAUGUGUUUGACAUAG